CCGGGUGCAGUCAAUUCCAGCGGCUGAAUCGCAAUUAUAUCUGCGUGAUCAAAAAUGUCCUUAAGUGAAUUCUUCGCCAAACAAAAUAAGAAAAAAACCAAGAAAAAGCAAAACCCUGCGGAAUUAAUGAACAUGCUCACAAAAGAAAGGGAGAAUAUAAAAAGUCUCCCAGAAACUAGUGUUCCACAAGAUAAUAAACCUGCCAUUGCUGAGAAAGAGGAUGAGUGGGAAAUCAUAGAUGAUGAAAAAGAGAUAGACUUGCAAAACAUCAGAAUUAGCAAGCUAACAUCCACCACCACAGAAGAUUCCAACAAACAAUCAGCCAAAAAUAAAGAAUCUCGUGAAGGCGAUGGCGACGCAGUUGUCGAGAAAAAAGUUUGGGCUGCAAAAGUUGCUGAAGCGCCUGAAGAACCUGCAGAACCAAUUGUGCAACCGCCACCGAAGCCUAGUGUCUAUAUUCCUGCUCCUUUGAGACAAGGUGGUAGUGCUUUUGGUGUUAGUGCAGCCAAACCGAAUGUUGCUAGUACUAUGGACUUCCCUUCUUUAGAUGCAGUUGUGAGCGAGCCUCAGAAAAAAGAAACCCAGCCAGAGACUAAUAAAGAUGACGAUGGUGAUUCGUGGCAACAGGCAGGUGUGCGUCGUCCUAAUCCGGUGGCAAGUGUUCCGCCUGUAGCCAUUAACACAACACCAUCCGCUUAUGUGCCUCCAUGUUUGAGACAAGCAGCAAAUCAAGGAAUUGUAAAUAUUGGUUCGUCUCAUUCGCAAAUUACAUCUGCCCCUCGCAAUGACCCACCCUCUCGUUUCGAUUGUGACAGUGGAUUUAAACGCAGUGUCCCAGAAGCCUCAGGAUUUCGCGAAGUAUUUUCUUCUGGUGGAGGUUGGGCUAGGGGGGAAGUUAUUAGUGGGGGUUCUGGUAAUAGUUCCACAGUAAAACAGACACCAAAUCCCCCCAACGUGAAUUCUCAAACAUCUUCAGAAAACACAAAUGGAUGGUCACGAAAUGUGAAUGUAAAAACUUAUAAGUGAGUUAUGCUGAUGAAAAGAUAUUUAAAAUUCCUUAUUAUUUUUUUAUAAUACUGUUAAUUUUUGCUAUUUGAGUAUUGCUAACUAGAGUGCUUAUUCAGUUUAUAUUCAAAUAUACUCCGUCUAGAGCUUCCAUUAUCUAUUGUAGUAGUAUAGGUUGAAUCGAGUGGCUGUUAUGAACUCAUUUUUAAAAGGAAUAUAUGACUGUAAGCAAUAAAUUGCUCUUGUAACGUACAUCAUCCAGUUAAUUAAUACAGUAUCACUGUGUUAUGCCAAGUGAAUUGAUUUCAUAUAGAAUAGUAUUCUAUCACACAGUGUCCGGGUUCUACUCUUGAAUCCGUAAUACCCCUGUCGCUAACACCUUGUUGGUCUUCGAUAGUUUUGAAACUAGUUUGUGAUUGUUGAUGUUCUUAACAGGUGGUGUUUCUGGUGCACGUAGCAUUAUUCUCAGAUAAUGGAGAAGAUUUGUAGCUCAGGUGGAUGAUAUUGUUCUUUGAGGAGCUGGUUGGUUCAGCUGUGAAGCUUUCGUCGUCGUCCUUCUAGACAACAUCGCUUCAGCUCAGGUUUUAGUAUAAAAUGCCAGGAGAUGCAAUUACAUUAUCAUUCAUGGAGAAUUUAAAUAUGUUCAUAUUAUACUGAAACCUGCACUGAAGAUGUUCAGAAGGGGGACGACGAAAACCUCGCAAUUAAAUCAACCAGCGCUUCAGAGAACACAACUAAUUCAGUUAUCCUCAAGUCGUAAACGAGACAUACUGUUAAGUUUAAGACGAUAUUGUGUUACUCUGUGGUGUUUGCUAAGUAAUAAUGAUGCCAAAAAACGUUUCAUGUUAGAAUUCAGUUCAUAGUUUAACCAGACUGUUAAUUUCAGUUUCCGAUAUAAAAGAAAGUUAAAUGAAGCUGUUAAUUCGUAUGGCAGUUGGAAAAUUAAUGAUACUGAUAUAGAAAUCAAGUCUGAAGUUGAGUAUCUUGGAUUAAUUCUUUCUUCUGACCUAUUCUGGUCUUCCCAUGUCUUAGCGAUUUCCAAAAGCAUAUUUCGUCUGACUUACAUUAAGAAGUUAAGGCACUCAGGCAUAACUCAACUCCUCCUCUUACAGUUUGUCAACUCGUAUAUCUUGCCUAUUCUUCUUUACUGUUCACUCUUAUUCUUUGCUGGAUUGCUUAAAAAAGACUAUGUCAUACUUCGUAGAACUCUGAGGAUUGUCAGUAAGGCGAGUGGUAUCCCAUUGGGCCAUAUCGUUAACCUUGUUACUGAUAGACACUUGAUUUCAUGCAACAAAUUUGUUAAAGGAAUCUUAUCAGACUGUGAGCAUCCACCUUACAUGCAGCUCCAACCUUGUGUCUCCUCAGGUAAAACAAAAAGUCUUUUCAGAAGACUAUGCACGUACGUCUAAGUAUGAAAAUUCCACUUUACCAUAUUCGGCGGCACGUACUUUAUGUGAUAAAAAUAGUGUUAGGCAUGAACUAAAUAACCUUCUUUGCACUAAUAAGUAAACCAUUUCCUCCACCUUUACAACAUCAACCUUUAUUGUUAUUGUACUUCUUGUAUUUAUAAUCCUUUAAGUUUUUUGUUCUUUGUUUAUUUUUUCUUAAGUGUGAACAUCAUUUAAGCUGUGUUAUAACUUUUAAUUUUGUAUUUCCCCUCACCAUACUAUAUCAGCAGAACAUUAGAUCCAAUAAUCUAUAAUAUACUAAGAUUUCCAAACUGAAUCCCCAGUAAUGUUUGAAACAAACUCACUGUUAUUAUUAUUAUUCUCA